AGAAGACGAUGAGCCAUGAGAUUUUCUCGAACAUGUGGCUAACCAAGAAGGGUUGGAUAAUUUGUAUCAUCAAGUUUGGCCAAAGCAUUUACAGUUCGGCGACAGAAAUCGACGGUCAACGACACAAGAAGGCGAUUUUUUUUUAUGUUAUUGCGGAAGGGAGAGGAACGAAUCUCCGCGCUCCGAUACCAUGUUGAUUUAAAGAAUUAUGAAUUUCACUCAAUGAAUAAUAUGGAUACAUGUACUGAUGAUUUAACAGGUUUUGGUUUUCUCAGAGAAGUAAAAAGUCUGGGGAUUAACUACGGCCAACUGGGGGACAAUUUGCUUCCGCCGGAGAAAGUGUUGCAGCUCCUGCGAGCUUACAAGAUCACGAAGACGAGAAUUUACGACACCAACCCGAAAAUCUUGACGGCGUUCGCCAACUCCGGCGUCGAGCUCAUCGUGACGGUCGAGAACCAGAGGCUGGCGGCGUUGGGCGGCAGCGACCCGCAACCGGCGGCGCAGUGGGUGGAGACUCAGAUUCGCCCAUUCUUCCCCGCGACCAACAUCACCGGAAUCGACGUCGGAAAUGAGGUCAUCACCGACGGCGACACGUCGCUGAUGGGAUACCUCGUACCCGCCAUGGUAAAUGUCCGCCGCGCGCUUGCAAGUCUCGGAUUUGAUCGUAACAUUAAGGUGUCGUCGCCUCAUUCGCUAGCGGUGCUGGGGAAUUCAUACCCGCCGUCGGGAGGGUACUUCAAGCCGGAGCUCGCCGGAAUGAUGCAACAGUUCCUAAAGUUCCUCGCCGAAACGGAAUCUCCGUUCUGGAUCAACGCCUACCCCUUCUUCGCCUACAAGGAUUCCCCCAACAAAAUCCCCCUCGACUACGUCCUCUUCAACCCCGGCGCCGCCGGCACGGUGGACCCCGCCACCAACCUCCGCUACGACAACAUGAUGUACGCCCAGGUCGACGCCGUCCUCGUCGCCAUGUACCGCCUGGGAUUCAACGCCGUCGAGGUCAGGGUGUCGGAGACUGGGUGGCCGUCGAAGGGGGACCCCAACGAGGUCGGCGCCUCGCCGGAGAACGCCCGGAUUUUCAACGGGAAUCUGAUGAGGAGGCAGAGGAUGAACCAGGGGACGCCGUUAAGGCCGGGGUUGAGAUUGGAGGUUUACGUUUUUGCCCUUUUCAAUGAGAAUCAGAAGCCCGGCCCGACGUCGGAGAGGAACUACGGCUUGUUUCUGCCGGACGGGACGCUGGCGUAUGAUGUUGGGUUGUCGUCGGAAUCCGCCGUGCCGUCGUCUCCUUCCACGCCGUCGGCGGCUACCAUUUCUCUGACGUCAUCUGCUCCAAAGGCAGAGCACAUGGAGUACCAAAGCUUUGUGCACACAAGCAUUCUAUUCUUCUUGGGGUGCCAUGUAAUUUUGACCAUGUGAUGAAGUCUACAUUAAGGCAAUAUAUAUAUGGACACUAAUAUUUCAUCAGCUGUCUCAUAAAAUGUUUUACAUAUUUUCUCUUUUAGGUGUACUGUUCUUAAAAAAAAUUACAUUUAUUUUUAUUUCAUAUUAGAGUAAAGAAUAUAUAUAUGUACGAUAGGGUACAAUAUUUCUUUCACAUUUAAACAAAUUAUAUAUGAUCAAUACAUUUUUUAUGUUUUAACACUUUGUAUUUCAGAAAGUAAAAUUGUAACGUACUU